AUGGAUCUUGCCAUGGUAAAUCAACAUGAACAGGUGGAUGAGAUCAUCAUGGAAGCAGCAAAGGCUACACAUGGGAAGAAGCUAAGGGCUCGUCGGUCUAUGCAGGAAAUGGAAGCACACCGUAUAGGACCAGUACAGCCUACCCUGCAGGGGCCCAGGAGGUGCAGAAGCAGUAAGAAAGGGUGCGGAGGUGACAUUUCUGGAUCAGAUGGGUACUAG